AUGAUUCGUGUUUGCUUGUUUGCUUUCAUUUUGUUAAUGCAGCUGUCGACCAUCAUCACCGAAGGAUGUGAUUCCUUCAAUAACACUACGAUAUAUGCGCAAGACAUUCAUGGGGAAAACUUAUCUUUCGUGGUGAACGGCUGUAUUGAACCCAAUAAGGAGCUCAAAGGUGAUGAGAUCAGGGACGUGCUCAUUGAUAGUGAUAUAACGCGGCUGGGCAAGGAUUCGAUAAGGAAUCUGCCGAAACUGGAAUGGAUGGGGAUAUUGGAGAAUAAUCUGGAGAUUCUCGAGUCGCAUGCCUUCAGGAAUAUGCCGAGUCUCAAAUCGUUGAAUAUUUUUGGAACGAACCUCAGGGAAAUACCGAAAGACGUUUUCAACUCAGUUCCCACCAUCACAACCCUGGUGCUAUCCAACAACAAGAUCGACUUCAUCGCAAGUGGAGCCUUUUCCAAUAUGGAUUCGAUCGAAGUGAUCAAAUUGCGCUUCAAUCAGCUCACAUAUUGGAACAGAGAUUGGUUCGAGAACUGCCCCAAUCUAUAUCACAUCGAUUUCUCCGACAACAAAAUCUCCAUUAUCCCAAGAAGAGCCUUCGCAUCGCUGCCGAUGCUCAAGGCCAUCGAUCUCGGAGAAAACAAGAUCACCACCAUCCAAGCAGAUGCCUUCAGGAACAUGACAAACCUCAUAUAUCUGAACCUGGAACUAAAUAGGCUCACAGUGCUCGACGAACGAGCGUUCCCCAACAAGAUCUACAUCGAGAAUCUGUCUAUCAACAACAACCGUCUCAACUAUUUGCCGGACAAACUGCUGAGCAAGUUAUCCAUCGGAACAAUCAACCUAGACCAGAACCCGUGGAAGUGUCCAUGUAUGCUGCGGAUAAACGAUUGGCUGUUCUUUACCAGGGGCAGUGUGGAAGUAUCAGAACAUCCUUGUCGAACAUCGAACGAUCCGGUCUGCAUAGUUCCUCAGGGCAACACGUGCAAAGAGACAGUAGAGGUAGAGUUGACGGGAAGGUACCUCGGAAAUAUGAGGAAUUUGAUUGAGUCGAUUAAUAACCGAUUUCAAGAUAAAGACUACUACUUCAGGUCAAGGAGAGUUACUGGGGAACUUUGUAUCAGUUUUUUCUCUUGA